GCCUCUCUCUGGAAAGCUAAAGGUCUCCCAGCACGCUUGGGUGGGGAGGGGGGGAGACCAUCGAGGAGAGCGGCUGUAUGAAGGAGGGGAGCCCGUGGCGGCAGGAAGAGCGAGCCGUCGGUGCAGAGAGGAAUUAUUGGCCUUGUCCCGGUGGGAGGAAGGAAGAAGGGAGGAAGGAAGGAAGGAAAAAAGAAAGUGCAGGCGCUGAAAGGAGGAGGGCAACAUCCGGCGGCAGCGGCAGCAGGUUGGAGCAGCCGAGAAGUGGAAGAAGAAGAAGAAGGACUUUGCGGAGCCGGAGGAGGAGAGGGGCGAAUGGAGAAGGCAGGAGGACCAGGGCGAGGAAGAGGGCGCGCAUCUCCCCGUCCAACAGAUGGGAGAGGGAAGUAAUCUCUACUCCUGCCCAAACCUGGGGGGGGCGCCGGCCGCCGCGGGAGCCAAGAGCAGACUGGAAAGCGAGAGAGGCACGCCAGCCGCCGCUGGGUCCCUGGAGAGAGAAAGAGAAGGAGGCAGCGCCAGAGGAGGAGAACUGAAGUCUUGGCCACGCGGCUCCCUCGGCGUCUUUUUUCACCCACUCGCUUUUGUCCUUUCCUGUGGUCCUCCUCUCUUUCUUCUCUCUCCAUUCCUUCCCUCUCCUGACUCACUUACUUUCUCCCUUCCAUCCACAUGCCCAGAGCAUCUUCGCCUACCCCCAUCUCUCAUUUCCCUUGCCAGACUGGGGCUUCCCCACCCAGAUUAAAUCCAGCAAUUUGGUUUUCUAAAUUGGACAGUCUCUCUCUCUCUCUCUCUCUCUCUCUCUCUCUCUCUCUCCAGGCCUGAUUAAUUGCUGCUUUGGGAAAGGAGAAGAUCAAACCCUUUUAUUACUGGCUUGAUUGGGAGCCAGGGUCCCAGCCAAAUGAGAAAGCUUUAAAUCCUAAUUUGUGGGUGUGUGGGGGUGCUUUCCAUUUAAAUAGCUUCUCCUGAGGCCUGCAGCAAACCCAACCUCUCUGCCUCAGCAGAAAAUACUUGCAUAGAUGGAAGAUGGUGAUGUGAUUUUCUGAGUCUUUCUUCAAAAUACAGUACAACUUGAAAUCUAUCCAUUAAGCCCCCUUUUGUAACUCACAGAAGAAAAAGGGAAGCACACCUAGGUUUUUUAAAAAGUUAGACAGGAAACUUCGAUCCACGUAUCCACCUGGCAGCAAAGGGUAGGAAAGGAAGCAACUGGUUCUAGUUGGUUGGUUCUCUUCUGGGGGUAGUAUUUUUCUGGAUUUUGAAGUUAUCCAUUGUUUGGCAGUUACACUACUUCUGGAGACGCUCUGUAUUUGUCUUUGUGUGGAUUAUCACCUCUAUAUGCUUUUGGAGUGGUAAUGUGCUUGAAAGCCAACACUGCUUCUGGCUUUGGUCUGGGUUGAACAUUUAUGUCUAGAUUGGCAUAAGCAGAUUCCUAUGGAAGUUCACACUCCUCCAAAUGACUUCUUGGUUUGUUGUCAACACUGUGUGUUUGCUUUGGAUUGUAAAGGGCGCAGAACGAAUCAUAUGGAGUUCGUGAAAGUUUGCUAAAAGUUUUGAGUUUUCUUGGAGUGUGCCACAUUUCCCAUGCUUUGAAAACUGCAGAAUUAGGGUGCUGUGUCCCACCCCCCCCCCCUGGAAGUUUAGCUCUUCUCAGUAGCUGGCUUUGAGGGAGACAUUUGCCAAAUACCUGGGUUUAUAUUAAUGUGUGUAAUGAUCUCUGGCAUUUGAAUUUUGAAACUUUUUUCAGCACUGGAAUGUCCACAUGGCAGAUUUGUGGAGAUAAGUGACGCAAAACAGUCUGGACUUGUGCAGAUAAAUUUUGGAUUUGGAGGAAAACAUUGAUCAAGCCCAAGAGUUUAUUGAAUUAAGAAAUUUUCUAGAGUUUGGGAACAUUUUGGAAAACAUCCAGAUAUUUCUGAAUGUGUUUAGAUCUUGUCUGUAUUCUCAGGAAAAAACUUACCUGCUGGAUAACAACAAUUUUUUUUCUAAAAUUGAGAAAGUUUGUUAUCUGUGGGCUGCAAGUUUGGCCUUCCCACUGCUGUGCCUUAUUAACUGUAGGAGAAAAGUUCAGGCUUUCUGGAUUUCAUGAGGUUGCAAAAUCUGUAGCUGUCUAAGAGUGCCAGAUUUUUUCUCUCUCUAAAGGACCUUUGGAGAGAAGUUUUGCAAAUGCCUCUCAUUUGUGUUUGGGCUGCAAUUCCACCCUGUGGUUGCAACAUAAACCCCUGUUCCAACUUGUUGAGUUUUUGCUCUGCUUGUUCCAAUCAAUACAGUCUGAAAGCGGUCAGACCUAUCCAGAUGGCUUUUCUGGGGAAAUUCUGCUGACCAAAAGGCUUGAGAAGACGUAAAAAAACUUCUGGGAGAGAGAGGCGGUGGCGGGUGGCAGGGAGAAUUACAGACUGAAACUGGCUGGUCUUCUGAGAAACUAGUCAUUGCUAUCAACGGAUAGGAAUGGCUUGAUUUUGCUGGGAAUGACUUCUUAAAUCUUGCAUUGGAAUAUUGUUUCGCAACAGUAGCACCAACUUUUUGCAAGGAACUAUCUUUUCCAGUCUCUCGUCAAAGAAUCAACUGGAUAUUUUUUUUAAAGGAUAUGAAAACUGAUACUAAAUUUCUCAGGAAUCUUGUCUUUCAUUCUGAGCAACCGAAAGCAGGAAGAACAAAAUGCAUUUAAAAACAGGGAUCUUUUUUCCAGAAGCCUUAACAUUUUAGAGGAGUGGAGAAGGUGUAAUUUUGCUUCAGUGGUUUCCUUGCGGUGGAUCUUGACAUCCUGUCUCCUGCAAAGCAGCAUGUCUGCCCAGCUGUGUCGAGCCCUCUACGACAACGCUGCCGAGUGCCCGGACGAGCUCUCCUUCCGGAAGGGGGACCUGAUGGUCCUGCUGCAGCCUGGCCUGGAGGGGUGGCACCUGUGCUCUUUGCAUGGCCAGCAGGGGAUCGUGCCCGCCAACAGGGUCAAAGUCUUGCCCGAGCCGGGGUCCCCAGGUCCCACCACUCGUCGAAACCCCACCCCGGCUGACGUCUACCAGGUACCCAGGAAGGAGGCGGCGUUAGGGGGGACUGUCCAUGAGGUGCCCCAGGAUGAGCGGAGGAGAAGAAGAGGGCGGAGAAAGGAGGAGCAGGAGGUGUACGAGGUGCCACCACCCGCCCGGCCCUGCCCACUGCCCCCCGAGGGGAUCUACAGGGUGCCUCGGGGCACCAGAAGAGACGGGGGCCCUGUGGAGGUUUAUGAUGUCCCCUCGUCCCUGCUGUGGGACCCUCCAUCUGACACUUACGACUCGCCCUCCCUGUGCCCCAAGAAGGUGGCCCGUGUGGCCCCACUACCCGCAGCCCCUCCGCCCUCCGACGAGCCCUAUGAUGUGCCCCUGGCCUUCAAGAAGCCCCCAGGCCAAGAGGAGGAAGAGGAGGUGGAAGACGGAGGCUCUGAGAGACCUCUUGUCUAUGCCACCCCCUCGAACCUGCGCCGGUCUUCGGCCUUGCUGAACUUGUAUGAGUCGCCUGAAGAAGUCCUGGCGGGAGGCGUGGAGGGAGAGGGAGAGGAGGAAGACGGGGGCAUUUAUGAUGUUCCUCUGCUGGCGCCCGGCUCCCCGCCCCUCGAGGGGGCCCUCCAAGGACUCAGCUUGCGGGAGCCUGGGCCCCCUUCCCGCCCCCGUCUGCCCUCGGCGGAGAGCCUGUCCCGCCGUCCACUGCCCGCCCUCCCCAGUGAAGAACGGCUCUCUUUAGAGCUCCCCCCUCCAUCGCCAAGCAUUGUGCGGAAGGGCAGCAUCCAGGACCGCCCACUACCCCCACCCCCACCCCGAUUGGGGGGUCUUGGGACAGGGGACCAGCUGGACGAAUUCAGGAGUGACGGACACAACGAAUACGAAGGGAUCCGGCUGACGGAGGAAUACGACUAUGUUCAUCUCAAAGGGGCAGAUAAAAUCCAGCCCAAAGCGCCAACUCCUGAAGAGACCUCUGGACUUGCACUACAAGGAGACACAACUCAGGUGGAAGAGCAGGUGCCACCUUCCCCGGAGGACGCCCAGCUGCUGCAGUUCUACACGGAGCAGUGCCAGACUCAUUACGCCACCCUGCUUUCGGCCAUUGAGGCACUGCUCGCCAGUGCCGGUGCCCACCAGCCUCCCCGCGUCUUUGUGCCCCACGGCAAGUUUGUCAUCGUCACGGCCCACAAGUUUGUGUUUGUGGGGGACACGGUAUCUCGCCUGGUGUCCUCGACAACCAUCCGGGCCCGGGUGGGGGCAGCCAGCAGCACCCUUUGCCAGGCCCUCAAAGAAGCCGUCCUUUCCGUCAAAGGGGCCGCCCUGCACUACCCUUCGCCCCCGGCCGCCCGCGAGAUGCGAGAGUGCGUGGCAGAGCUCUCUCGCCGAGCCUUGGCCUUCACCUCGUUGCUUGGCACUCUGGCGCCAUCUUGAUCUCCCACGCUGUGGCGGCCUCACUUCAUCACCAGCAGAUGUCAACCCGUUACUAUGACACACGCCACUUCCCCUGUGGGAUUGACGGCCGUGUCACUCCGGACGUCCGCCUGCAGCGGUGUCCCAUGGAUUUUGGUAAGGCCAAUGUGUAGCCAUGCCCCCUUGGAUAACUCUGGUCCUAAUACCAGUACCUUGAGCUCUGUCUACAAAUUUAUCAAGAUGCCAGCACCUCAAAGCCCACUGACUGUGCCCAGAAGAAACAAAUCCUGCUGUCUGAUCCUGGGAGGCGGGUAAUCUUUGACUCUAGUAGUGACAGCUUUGCCCUUUGACCUUUAACCUCUUCUUGCCCAGACAAACAAGGCCUGUAGACCUCAACCGCUUGACCUUGGGACCAAGAAUGGUGACCAUCCAGUCCACCAAAAUUUUGCCUCUUCAUUUCCGCUCCCCGACCUCUGCACCUGUAAUGUUGGACUGCUCUCCAGACCAAAGAGCCUGCCUGACCUUUGCCCUCUGACCCAGCCCCACACGCUCUCCCCCCUGCCCUGCCUCCAGUUAGGUUCCUUUGCAACUCUACAAAUUCUUCAUCUCUGACAUUAAGGUUUCUGCAUUAUGUUCCCAGGGACCCCUAGAAUGAUCGUGGCGUGGGGUUGUAGACCAAAGACACAGACUGGACCUGGGGUGGGGUGCUGAGUGCUCACCCACUCUGCAUGUCGCUGACCAUGGGGAUUAGGGGCACAACCCACCCCAACCCCGCCCCAAAGGCCUCAGUGGGAAAGGAGCCGAUGGGAGGAAGAGCACUGUUGGGAACUGGCUGUUUCCACCCCGAAACAAAGGAUUCUGGGACGAGGGCUGGAAGAAGUCAAAUGGGAGACUUGCCAUUUGAAGAGGAUUAUGGAAGGGUGAAAGCAAACAAAUGCGGAAAAACAGUCAAGUGAGCGGAAGCAAAGGAAUCUAGGACAGAAGAGAGGAAGCCAAGGGUGAAGAGGAAAUGACCGGGAGCUAAAUGACCCGUGUGGAUGUCAUACAGUAUAUAAUGCAGGCCACACACAGACAGGUACAAUCAUAUACUGAAACAUGAACCACAGGAAGGGGAGGGGGUAUCGGGGUGGGGGGGUGGGAGGAGGGGUGAACCAUUGCUGGGGCAGUUAACCAAACCAGACUCUGGGUGGGGUGAGGCUAAAUCCAAAAAGUCCUUCAGCCUGACCUACUGAUCCAUUCUUUGGCCAUCUCCCUUCCUUUGAAAUCCCCCCCUCUCUCUGUGUUGGAUAACAGCCAGCCAAAUUCUCAAUUUACAGCCAGCCACCCCCAACCCGCCACCAACACAGACCCCCCCUCAUCUCAUUUCCUCCCCAGGAAGCAAACGAGUGUAAAGAUCUCUCUCUCUCAGGAAAUAUUUGUCAAGUUAUUUUCUAGGUUUGGUCAUAAUAAAAUUGGUGGGAGGGGUAAGAAACCACA